UUUAGAUAAAAAAAGAAUUUGGGGAAUUUUUCGGUAAAAUCCUAAACGUCACCUAGGUCACAAAGUGAAAAAUGAUGACAAUUCAUGGAAUUUGUUUUUUCAAAAUGUUAUUUUCAUUUUUUGCAUACUGCAAUUUCUAUUUUGUUGAGCACCUUGUAGUUUUUAUUGUUGAAUGAAACUACUUUUACUAUUAUAACUUCAAACCAAAUGCUGUUUGUUAGACAGGUCCUUUUCAUUAAUUAUCCUGCAAUUUGAUGGGAUAGAUGCUGUCUAAUUGCAACAUCAUCUAAUUUGAUCUGAUUUUGUUGACAGCACACACAGACACCUACAUACGCAGUGAAAGAUACACAGGAUUCCUUAGUAACAUAACGUGACAUCCUGGGUGGCUGGACAUGUACUGUACCCUCCUCAGCCCCCAACACAAAUAUAAUUCUGACUGAUUAAAGGGGCAGAAAUAAUGUUCGGGACUGAAGUCAUGUCAGGCAUAAUUAGGGACAGGGUGUUGUUUAGGUGACCAUUAAGGAGGCUGACUCGAGUCAUGUGUUAAGUAUAGAGUCAUAUGAAAGGCUUGACUGGCGGAAUAUAAACAGUGCUUCCCAUUCAACAAAAGGCAUCAUUUAUGCGUCUUAUAGGAAAUGAAUAACCAUAUGACGAUUUAACUGCCGUCCUAGGGCAAUGCAGGCAGGAACCCGGCUUGUUGUGCAGUUCUCAGCCUGGCUGUCAGGUGAUCAUCACAAGACUGAUGACUUAAUCCUGCUCAGCUCUACAAAGCAAGAGGGAGAAACUACAAACUCCCUUAAUGUGCAUGUAACCAAGUGGAGAACAGCAUGAUUUGGCUUCGUUAGUGUUGUUUUAACCACUGUUUACAUUACUGCUGAAUUCAAUCUGAGGAUAAACCUUGCAGCUCGCCGUGAUUCCACGCUAUCUGCUGAAACUAAUCUGCUGUAAAACUGCUCAAAUUUGAUCCACAAACUGAUUUCUCAGGAGUGACUGGAGGAGAAGAAUACUGACGGUGAGACAUGAUGAAGGCUUUGGGUCUAAGCCUUCUUUGUUUAUUACUCUGGCCUGAUUGUACACAGGCUCAGUUUCCUCGAGUGUGCUGUACAGUGGAGGGGAUCGUGUCCAAGCAGUGCUGCCCAGCUCUGGGUUCAGAUCCUGCCAAUGUGUGUGGCUCUCUGUUGGGAAGAGGGAGCUGUACUGCAGUUCGAGUCGACAACAAACCCUGGGGAGGACCCUACAGACUGAGAAAUGUUGACGACAGAGAGCGGUGGCCCACAAAAUUCUUCAAUCAGACAUGCAGAUGUACCGGAAACUUUGCAGGUUACAACUGCGGCCAGUGUAAAUUUGGCUGGACUGGUCCCAACUGUGACCAAAGGAAAUCCCCUGUGGUUCGGAAGAACAUCCACUCUCUGACCCCCGAUGAGCUCCUGGAAUUCCUCAAUGCGCUGGAACUGGCCAAGAACACCAUUCACCCAGAUUAUGUUAUUGCCACCCAGCACUGGCUCGGCCUCCUGGGACCUAAUGGAACUGAGCCGCAGGUGGCCAACAUCUCCAUCUACGACUUCUUUGUGUGGCAACAUUACUAUUCAGUGAGAGACACUCUUUUAGGUCCAGGACGUCCAUUUAAAGCCAUUGAUUUCUCACACAAAGGCCCGGCCUUCAUUACCUGGCACAGGUUUCACCUUCUGAGUCUGGAGAGAGAGCUGCAGAGACUGACUGGGAAUGAGAACUUUGCAAUACCAUACUGGAAUUUCGCCACAGGGCAGAGCGAGUGUGACGUGUGCACUGACUCCAUGCUGGGGGCCCGACAGCCCGAGAACCCAUCUCUCAUCAGUAACCAGUCCAGGUUCUCCAGAUGGGGAGUGGUGUGUAACAGCCUUGAUGACUACAACCGCCUGGUGACUCUGUGUAACGGCACCAGCGAGGGUUUCAUUCAGCGAGGGAUUAUGGAGCAGGGAAACAUGUCUCUGCCUUCCAUGGAUGAUGUCAGGAGCUGCCUUAGAAUCCGAGAAUUUGACACUUCCCCGUUUUUUACCAACUCUUCCUUCAGUUUCAGAAAUGCACUGGAAGGUUAUGAUAAACCAGACGGAGAACUGGACGAAUCAGUCAACAACCUUCACAACCUGGUCCACUCCAUGCUCAAUGGAACAAGCGCUCUGUCACACUCUGCAGCUAAUGACCCAAUUUUUCUGGUUCUCCAUGCCUUUACUGAUGCCAUUUUUGAUGAGUGGAUGCGCAGGAUCCUUCCAACUAAUGCCACGUUUCCAGACGAAAUGGCACCCAUCGGUCACAACCGGGACUACAACAUGGUUCCGUUCUUCCCACCGAUCACAAAUGAAGAGAUCUUUGUCACAUCUGAACAGCUGGGAUAUUCUUAUGCUAUUGACUUAGAUGAAUCAGACGGCGGAGCCAACGUGUUCGUGCUGGGCUCCACCUUGGGAGGAGUCUUCGUCGGUCUCCUGGUGCUCUGCCUGAUCUUUGUGCUCUACGUGCAUCAACGGAGAAAGAGUGGCUUUGAGCCGCUGAUAAAGGCAGACUUCACACAUAGAAAGUACACAGAGGAGGCCUAGACUUCACAGCAGCAGAUAAGUAGAUCAGGCUCUACCAGGAGAUCGCCAAGGCAGUGUUGGUAGAUCGUGAGCAAUUAAAAUAAAAAUAAGAUAACAUAUAAAUAUAAUUCUGUAGUGUCUAGUAGUGACCAUACACUGUACGAAUGUAAUCAUAUUAUGCCAUAGAGAUACAUGCAUUUAAUCACUGUGCCAGUUAACAUUUCUACUUACAUUUAAUUAUACAAGUUAAUUGCUGUACUCACAGAUUGUACUGUUGCUUAAUUUAAUUCAGCUCAUCUGAAAAUACCUUUUAUUUUAACCUUAAUGUGGGACAGAUCAUAAAUGUCUGACACACUGUAUUAGAGUGAAUUCUUAAAUGUUUUUUUAAUCUGUACCACAAAUGCAAAUGUAUUGGAAUGUUGAGAUUUAUUCUCAAUAAGAGCGACAUAAAUGCAUUCAUAUUAAUUGCACUCAAAAACAUUAAGGCGUAUUUGUUUACCAUCUUUUUUCUGCAUUUGAGUCUUUCAAAUCACAUAUCAACCCCAACGUUAUGAUCAAAUACAUUCACAGUGAAAAAAAUACUCUAAAGAUUUCCUUUUUCUGAGAUAUGUUCUCUGACCAAAAAACUGUUUUCAGUGUUUUAUUGUAAAAAUAUUACCAUUAAAAGGUCAAUGAUACAAAACAUAAAAAGGGCAUCCAGUAAGGUCAAAGUUCAUACCAAAGAAACCUUUCAAAUGACACAUUUUGUAAUUGUCCUUCUGUGUUUUUGUUCUAGCAAAGUGGAUGCAAAGAGUGAAGUAAAUGGAACAAGGAAAGAAAAACAAAAAAACAAAAAACAAGCUUGACAAAUAUUCACCGAUAUAUUUUAAAAAAUGGCAUAACAGGGACAUUGCAGGCUGGAUAUGUAAGCUUAGCAGGCCUGCUGGUUACAGAGGCUGACGGACUCUUAGAGAACAGUGGACCUACAGACGGACUGCUUUUUGUCCACCCUCCUCAGCUGAGCCAGCCUCUCACAUUCUCUAGAAGUACGCUCUGCUGAGGAGCUCUAGUGGAGCGUUCAGUCCUGUCCAGUCUCCACAUAUUCUCAUUUCACAGGUGACUGUGGUUGGCUUCAAGCCUGUCUCUGCCGCCGACAUAACCACUCAGGCUUUACAGAUAAAUUUAGGG